AUGGACGCAGCUCUCGCUUUGCUAUUUGGACAGGUUGCGACCGCAGUCCUGCCUUAUGUGGUUAACAGCAUUGGCAGGGUUCCACGGCCGAAGCGCGUGGAUGUAAAGAAGGCGAUGGGAGAGGCGCACCAAUGUCGUCCAGUGGUUCCUUACCGGGCUCCCAGACCCUACACGGAGGGACGUGUGAAGGCACUCUUCAUUGGAAUCAACUACACGGGCUCGAGUGCACAACUCGGUGGGUGUGUUAAUGACGUGAUGCAUAUGCUUCAAACACUGCAGAGAAUUGAGUUCCCCAUAUCUGAGUGCUGCAUCCUUGUGGAUGACCGCCGCUUUCCAAACUUCACGGCCAUGCCAACCCGUGAGAACAUUAUCAAGUACAUGGCAUGGCUUGUGUACGAUGUACGCCCAGGGGACGUUUUGUUUUUCCACUUCUCUGGACAUGGAGCGGAGACGAAGGGAGGACGUGACUCGAACGAAAAGAUGGACCAGUGCCUUGUGCCCUUAGACUACGAUAAGGCAGGCGCCAUUCUAGAUGAUGAUUUGUUUGAACUGAUGAUCAAGGGGCUACCGGCCGGCGUGCGCAUGACCGCAGUGUUUGACUGCUGUCAUUCCGCCUCGUUGCUGGACCUCCCCUUUGCAUUCGUGGCCGGCAGGAAUGUCUCAUCUAACCAGCGACACGAAAUGCGGAUGGUACGGAAGGAUAACUACUCUCGGGGUGAUGUGGUAAUGUUCAGUGGCUGUGAAGACUCUGGGACAAGUGCGGACGUAACCAACACUUCGUCCUUCGGUAACGGAACCGUAGCUGCGGGCGGCGCGGCUACGCAGGCCUUCACUUGGGCAUUACUUAAUACUACAGGAUACAGCUACAUCGACAUAUUUAUGAAGACGAGGGAGGUGCUUCGCCAGAAGGGCUAUAAGCAGGUACCACAAUUAUCAAGCUCAAAACCGGUUGACUUGUACAAGCAAUUUUCUCUCUUUGGCCCCCUUACCAUGAACGCAAGCCUGGUGCAGCAUUUGCCUCAGGAGUAUGUUCAACCGUGGGCGCCCCAUCCGGCAUAUCAACAACCACACGAAGCAACACUCCCUGCUUCCGUAUCUCAGCCACACUCUCAGCCAGUAAUGGGGAUCCCUGUUGCAUCAACCAGCAACGGUAAAUCAAAUCCGGGGGUUUCUGACGGAGGAAGGGCUUCAGGAGAGGUUUACCCACCGACGCAGUACCCAUCAUCGCACCCGGCGCCCCAACAACAGGCGUAUUACCAACCACCACAACAGGCGUAUUAUCAACCACCACAACAGGCGUAUUACCAACCACCACAACAGGCGUAUUACCAACCACCACAACAGGCGUAUUACCAACCACCACAACAGGCGUAUUACCAACCGGAACCACACCAUCAGCCAGCCCCGCCGCCACCACCAAAGAAAGAAAAUAAACCGGCGCGACCCGGAUACCCGAUGAGCUAUUGUAUGAAAUUUUCGCAGGGUAAACCCGGCCGCAAGUGA